AUGAGAGUUGCCAGCCCAGACGACUUCGACCAGACCACCAGCUUCAAGAACACGCCACAUGUCUCCCCGACCAUGCUGGCCGGAUUGGCGUCAAGGCCUUUCAGAUCACCCGCGCCUUCAGACCGAGACGUACCAGAUCAAUGCAUCCACCAUCCUCGGUCAGGAUGCCAUUCAUUCCUACAGUUCUGCAGAGAAGAGAAGGACCUUAACGACUUCCUCUGCUGGUCAGCCACCGACGGAGACGAACACUGGGCCGAAGCCGCCGACAGCAGGCCGGUAACCCCGGACUCAGACAUGCAGCAGCAGAUUCAGGGCUGGCGAAACGACGCAAUACACCGGGUAAACCGCGAAACGGAAACGAGAUCACGCUGGACUCGGAUUAUGAAACAGCGUCGAAAAGAGAGGAAGAUCAUCCUUCAGCAGAUGGCGAAACAGAGCGGUCAUAUAGGGCGGAGGGAGCAACAAGAGGAUGUGGAGGAUAUUAAAUGGUGCAUUCAACGUCUAUGUGAGCGUCGGUUAGGGGAGCCUAUGGAGGAGGGCCGGCCGACGAGGCAUCUUCGACUCCGUUUGGCAGUGCAAAUUGAUGAGGCAGCCGCCCUCGAAGGGUUGGUCGAAAAUAUGGAUAGUCCAACGAAAUAUUCCAUUGCAAUCGACAUUUGA